AUGACGGCGGCGGAGGCGGCGGCGACGCGGAAAACGGCGUUCGCGAAGGCGAGUCAGUGCUACAAGGGCCUGCGCGAUCUCGGGCUGGACGUCGAGUCGCAGGAGGCGUUCACGGCGUACUGCCGCGCGGGCGCGGAGACGUUUCUGAAGCCGGACGCGGCGCUCGCGGAAUGCUUGCGAGCGAUGCCGUAUCGGAAGGUGGUGAUGACGAACACGAGCGAGACGGAAGGGAUGAAAGCGCUGACGGCGCUGGGACUGGACGCGUCGUCGAGCGAUGCGUUCGAGAAGGUGUACGGGGGGAUUUUCACGGCGCCGGCGUGCAAGCCGCAGCGCGAGGCGUUCGAGAAGGUGUUCGCAGAUCUGGGACGCGACGUGGACCCGCGGCGGUGCGUGAUGUUUGAGGAUUCGAUGAAGAAUGUAAAGGCGGCGAAGUCGUUCGGCAUGACGACGGUGUUCGUGCGCACGCGAGGCGAGAGCGUGCUCGACGACGACGUCGAAGCGUGUUGCGACGCCGUCGUCGACGAGAUCGAGUUCGAACAACUGCGCCGGCAACUGCCCGAGCUGUUCGAUUAG